AUGGCCCUGUGGGAAUACGUCCUUAAUUGGUUACGCAGUCUAUUCUUCCAGCAGGAGAUGGAGCUGUCGCUCAUCGGCCUCCAAAACGCCGGCAAGACGUCGCUCGUUAACGUCAUCGCUACUGGCGGUUUCAAUGAAGACAUGAUUCCCACGGUGGGCUUUAACAUGCGCAAGGUGACUAAAGGGAAUGUGAGCAUAAAGCUGUGGGAUCUGGGCGGGCAACCAAGAUUCCGGAGCAUGUGGGAGAGAUACUGCCGAGGCGUCUCCGCCAUCGUCUAUGUGGUGGAUGCAUCAGACCACGACAACAUCCCAGUGUCACGCAGAGAGUUGCAUGAGCUGCUCAGCAAGCCGUCUCUUGCUGGCAUCCCGCUGCUGCUGCUGGGGAACAAGUGCGACAAGGCAGAAGCCGUUUCGCGAGAUGCCCUUAUUGAAGCCAUGGGAUUGAACCAGGUGAUGCAGGGGAGGGAGGCCAUGGCGAGCGCAGCGUUGUUUCCGCCGCUCGCAGCGGCGUCGCGAGAGCCUUCGGAUGUCGUGCUGAGCAGAGUGCGCGAGUUGGUGCUGCAGAUCGUGGCUGGCGGGAACCACCCCGAGACGAGUCUGUUGCACCAGCUCGCCUCGAUCAUUGAGGAUGAAGAGCAAUGGUACCAGCAGCAAGCGGGUUUCUCCUCGUCUAAUCUCCGAGCCUCGUACACUAUCGGACGAAUUGUCAAUUCUUUGCGCGAGGACGACGACUUGUACGAGCUGCUGACGUCGAAGCUGCUGCUCCAGUCGUGGCGGUCGCAGGAGGAGCGAGCAGCGGGAGCUCGCCUGCUGCUCGCCUGCGCGAUGAGCUUCGUGUACCGUGGGGUGUUCGAGGAGGGUAUUCUAGAGCGAGUCAUUGCGUGGGCCGCCCUCUCCACUCGUGCCGCCCCACCCCCUGCUCUUGCCACCGCCACAACCGCCGCCGCUGCCGCUUCUGGUGGCGCUGCUGGUGGCGCCGGGGGCACACAGGAGGAGGAGGAGGAGGAAGAGGAGGAGGAUGCAGGGGAGGAGGGUCAGGGGGCGGAUCCUGUUCCUUCCUCUCCCGCUCGCCCUGCAUGGCAGCUGACCCGGCCGCAGCUGGCGCAGCUGAGGGAGUGGUACGCGGUGCAGACACUGGCAGUGCUGGGCGAGUACAUGGAGGUGCUGGGUCCCGUGCUGCACGAGAAAGGGGUUGACGUCUGCCUUGCUCUGCUCAGACGCGCCACACCUGGGGCUGCAGGGGCGGAGGGGUCUGUUGCUGCUGCUGCUCCUGGUGUGGUCGGUAUAGGUGGUGGUGCUUCUGCUGCUGCUGCUCCUGGCGCAGGGGAUUCCACAGCAGGUGCAGCGGCAGCGGCAGGAACAGCAGGAGCAGCAGCAGUGUCCCGUGGGCUGAUGAGUGUGUUGCUGCUGGCGGACGUGCUGAAGCUGGUGUGUGCGCUCACAGCACACCGCAAGUUCGCCACACUCUUUGUGGACCGCGGGGGCGUGCAGCUGCUGCUCUCCCUCCCCCGCGUGCCCCACACCCUCCCCGGUCUCGCUGUCGUGUUUUUCGCCCUCGCCUCUAUUCAGCGAGUAGCGUCUCUCCCCCAGCCAGUCAUCCGCGCGCUCAUCUCCACCGCUCUCCACCUCCUCCUUUGCCCACUCGACCACGCGCGGCGCAACACGGCGCUCUUCUUUGCCGCCUCCCUCGCCUUCCCGCGCCUCCUCCUCGAGUUCGACGCCCAGGGGGGCCUCCCCGCGCUCAUUGCUCUGCUCCGGAAUGCUGCUCAGUUAAGAGCGGUGGAUUCGAGCGCCCAGGCGGUGGAGGGGUUGAUGGAGGCGCUGAUGGUGUCGGACCGGCGGCUGGCACACGCGUUUGUGCGCUCGCGGUGGGGCGCUGCUGAGAGGCUCGUGGAGGAGGGUGCAGUUGACGUGCUUCUGGAGCUCUGCCAGAUUCCGCCAGGAGAGCGUAGCACGGGGGAGCUAGCACAGCACGCCUUGGGGGUCCUGCACGUGCUCACCCUCGCGCCCUUCACCCACCGCCACGUGCUCACUGCACGCGUGGCCUCCCACCGCUGCGGCAUGCCCGUGCUGCUCGACGCUGCCAGUGGUGCUCUGCUGGCGGAUCCCGAGGUCAUGCAGAUCGCGCUGCUGGUCGUUGUGAAUCUGCUCACCACGAGUGCAGGCAAGACGAUGGUAGCAGCAGCAGCCACGGAAGCAAUGCUCCUCUUUUCCUUCAUCUUCCCUUUCCCCUUUUUUUUGAGGUUGAUUUUGAGAAUUCUCAAAAUCGCCCUUCCUUCCCUUCUUCUCCCGCCGCAGCUCACUACAAGUGCCGGCAAGGCAACAACAGCAGCAGCAACGGAAGCAACAGCGCCUACACUCAAAAGGCUGGAGCGAGCUGCCAUUGCUGCUGCCACUCCCAUCAGCUAUCCCCCCAGCGAGCUUCUUCAACUCAUACACGCGCAUCUGAUAUCAGAAGGCCUACACCAGUCAGCAAGCCAACUACUAGCGGAAUCAAACAUCACCCCCCUCGUCGCCACCCCUUUUCCCUCCUCUCCUGCUGCCCUCCCCUCCUCCUCUCUUGCUCCCUCUGAGACUUCCCCCAAUCGCCACCUACUACAUGCUCUCCCUCCGUCCCCCGCUCCUCCAAUUCCUCCGUCCGUCUCUGCUGCACCGGUUGCAACGUCAGCAGCAGCGCCAGCUGGCAGUUCGGGAUUGGCUGCUGAGGCAACAGGGGGGCUUAGCUGGCCCAAGGGGAAAGCAGGAUGGUUCUUCUCUGCUGGACGGAAGGGUGAGGGGAUAGGAGCAGCGGUGGGUGCAGGAGCAGCGGUGGGUGCAGGGGUAGGGGCAGAUGCGGGUGCAGCCGAUGCUGGUGUUGGUGCUGGUGGGGAUGGUUCUGAUGGUGGUUCUGCCCCUGCCGCUGCUGAUGCUACUGAUGCAUCUGGUAAAGCACCUGCAGGGUCUGCUGUAUCAGAGGAGCCGGUUCCAUGUUCAGGUGGAGUUUCAGGUGGAACCUCAGACGCCCCUUACAGUAUCACUCGCCGCCUCGCCGCCCGGCAGCGCCGCCCGCCCGCGGGCGGGUGGCAGGGGCGGCGGCUGGAUCGGCAGCUAGUGUUCAGCCGGUUUCGCCCCUGGCGAACCUGCCGGGAAGAUGCGGUGAUGAUUACCAGCACGUGCUUUUUGCUGGGGGCGGGAGGGGCGGGCGGGGGCGGCGGUGUGUGGGGGUUCGGCGGGGGGGGCGCCGGGGGUGUUGGGGGAUUCGGUGGGGGGAGGCGAUGCUUAGCAGUGGGGACGACUGCGGGGGAGAUAAAGCUUUUUGACGCGGAGGGGGGUGUGGUUGUGGAUAGCUACUCGUGCCACCAGUCAUCCAUUGUUUCGGUGUUUUUGGCACCAAGACCGGGGUAUGACGAUGAUGACAGGGGGAUUGUAAGACGCUGGCGGGGGAGACAACAGCAGGAGGAGGAGCUGCCCGAGGGGGCAUCAGCAGCAGGAGCAGGGUCAUCAGCAGCGUCAGCAGCGUACAGUGCAGCGUCCUGUCUGCUCCUCUCCUCUACCCGCACAGAAGUGAAGCUCUGGGAUGCAGCAGACCUCUCUCUCGGUCCCCUGCACACCUUUCCCUCCUGCCGCCUCGGCCGCUUCAGCCACUCUGCUCGCACCAUCGGUGCAGUGCGGUGCGAUGGGCAGUCGAGGGAGUCGAGAGAGGUGCUGUUGUAUGACGUGGCAACAGGCAGGCUACAGGAAACACUUAGAGAAGCGCCCAUUGCUGCUGCUGCUGACUCGUACGCUUCUGGUGCUGCUGCUGGUGGCGCUGCUAACGCUGCUGGUGUGGUUGGUUGGGGUGGUGUGGGCGGUGGGGUUGCUGGUGGGGGUCUGGGAGCCGGGCGCGGUGGGAAUGGCGGCUUCGGUGGUCUGUUUGGAAAUUACAGCGGUUACGGUGGGUUUGGAGGGUUUGGGAUCGGCCUAGCCGGCGCUGCUGGUGCGACCGGCGCUGCCAGUGCUGUUGCAGCCGGUAUUGGCGGUGGUGGAGCUGCAAUGAUGGGUGGAGGAGGAGCAGGAGGAGGGGGGGCAGGGGUGAACAGGUCGUUGGGGUCCCAGGGCGUGCAUUUCUCCCCGCUGGACGAUCUGUUGCUGUGGAGGGGGUUCCUGUGGGACCCGCGCAUCAGUGAACCUGUUCACCGCUUUGACCAGUUCUCGGACUACGGGGGAGGGGGCUUCCACCCAAAUGGAAAUGAGGUGAUUAUCAAUUCCGAGGUGUGGGAUCUCCGGACGAGGAAGCUUCUGCGCAGCGUCCCGUCCCUCGACCAGACCUCCAUAACAUUCAACGCCACAGGGGAAGUUAUCUACGCGACUCUCCGCCGCACCACUGACGACCUUCUUGCAGCCCUGCACGGCCGCCGGCGCAAGCACCCUCUCUUCGCCGCGUUCAAAACUAUCGAUGCAACUUCGUACACCGACAUCGCAACCGUUAAUGUCGAGCGCUGCGUGCUCGAUCUCGCCGUUGAACCGACCGACGGGUAUGUGGCUGCAGUAGUGGUAGAUGAGCAUGGAGAAUCGGAUUCUGUUGCAAGACUGUUUGAGGUUGGGCGGCAGCGGGUGGUGGAGGAGUUGGGGGAUUACGAUGGGGAGGAUGAGGGGGAGAUGGAGGAUGAGGGGGAUGAAGGGGAGGAGGAGGAGGAUGAGGAGGAUCAGGAGGAGUUGGAUAGUAUAGAGGAGGAGCUUUUUGGAGGGUUUUCGGAGGAUUUAGAUGGAGAGGAGGAUGAGGAUGGGUUUGGGCAGCCGAGGGUGAGGGCUGUGAGGGCUGGUGGGCGUGGGGGACUGAUGAAUGGGGAAGUGGAGGAGGGGGAGUAUCUGGGUAGUGAUUCGGAGGAUGAUGAGGAGGCGGCACAGACGCUGAUGGAUUUGAUCAUGGAAGGACCCUCGGAUGAGGAUCCGGAUAGUUUUAGCGACGAGGAGGAUGACGAGGAUGACGAUGACACAGAUGAGGGCGAUGAUGAAGAUUCAGAUUUUGAGGAUGAGGACUGGGAUUCGGAGGAUUCGGCCCCAGACGAAUAG